GGGAGGAGCUGCAAGGACACGAAGCAACACAGCAUCAGACUUGUUGAUGUUGAUGAUGUUGUUGAUGCGAAGCGCACACACAUCAUCAAAGGUCAUCAUCACACCCACACCAACCAAUCACCCACACAUCAACUGCAGCAAGAAGCAGUGAAGUGCAGCAAGCAAGAAGCAAGCAAGCGGGAGGCGCGCGGAGCGGCUGACCCGUGAAGAUGAGGAGGGGUUUAGGCGAGAGCAGCACGCCUGGUCCACGCAAUGGAGAUGACGGGUCGAAUGCUGGGCACAACGAACACGGAUGGCACAUGCGCGGGGAACUAGAAACACACAGAUACAACCGAGCCGGCACUGCCGCGGUGGGAAGCGAGGGUAGCGAUGACAAGCAGGGAAACGGUGGUUGGUGGCGGGUGGUUGGCCAGCAGACCAUGACCAUCCUGUGGAAGAACCGCCUGCUCAAGUUGAGAAAGUGGAAGUCGACCCUUGUAGGCAUGGUGAUCCCAACCGUCAUCUUCUGCUUGCUCCUCAUCAUCCGCACCCAGCUUCCCGUGAGCACCGAGGCUGCAGUGUCGAGUCCACCGCUUGCAUUCCCGUCUGCGGGCAUCGCCGUGUUCAUGCAGUCGCAGCUGUGCAACGGUCUGUAUGAUCUGGCACCAGACAUUGGCGCAGACAUCAUUGCGCCGAGCCUCAUUCGCGAGCUGCACCACAACCUCGCUCGCGAAGGCGUCUCCGUCACGAGUGCCGAGCACAUGAUGGUCGACUUGCUCGACGGUGCCAUGCAUGUGGACGCGGCCAUGCACAACGCCACCACCAUCCCUGCCGUGCCCGCACGCUGUAUCGCGCUGUUCAGGCGCCUCACCAACACCACUGCCUCGCAAGGCGAGCGAACCGUACGGGACGGACAAGAGGCAGCCGCGUGCUACUGCUCGCUCACGUCGUCGCCGGCAGCACGGCAUGCUGUCACGCACUCCAUCUCAGGCGUUGUGGAAGCGUUCAUCACCAGCACCAACGACUCCACCGCGGCCAUCAUCGACACCAUUCGCAACCGCACCGGCGUCACCCUCUCCCCUGACGAUGCAGACACACUCAAUGCCAUGCGCAGGGCGGUUGUCCCUUUGCUCACGGACCCGCGCGUGGAGGAAGUGCUGUUUGGCGGCAUGGAUGUUAUCACCGCGGCACAAUAUCUCAUGUGCCCCGUCGUCUCAGAGUGGUCCCUGCACAGACAGGCUGAUCCAGAGCAGAACGAGGCCGCAACGGCUUCGCAAACAUCGCUGGUGAAGCUCGAGGAAGUGUUUGGCGGCUCCAAGAUCUUCUACGCGCCAGACACAAACCAGACGCGCCGCAUCGUCCAGGAGAUGAAUCGUACAUUCCAGGCCCUGGGCGCCGCUGUCGACACCCUCAAGUGCACGGCCACUCUCCUGUCCGAGAUGCAGUCGGAUCAGCAGGACCACCAGCCAUCAAGCGGUGACCAUGGCAUGCUGAUAGAGCGGUGGGAGCACAUUGAGGGCAACGAACUCCGCAAGCUGUAUGCUGAUCCGCGCUACCCGUCGCGUCCAGACCAGCGGUUCCUCCUCACGUCUCGCGUCUUUUCCUCACCCUUUGACGUCGCCGACAACUUUGGCCAGCGCAUUAGGGGCGUGUUUACGGCGCCUGCGAGUGGCGCGUACACGUUUUGGAUCGCAGGCGACGACCACUGCGAGCUCUUCCUCAGCACAGACGAGACGCGCGCACACGUGCGCAAGAUUGCUGCCCGCUACGGCUCCAACUUCCCGUGGGAGUGGCACCGCGUGGCCACGCAACAGUCAGCGCCCAUUGUCCUAGAAGAAGGCCGUUCGUACUACAUCGAGGCGGUAGGCAAGGAGCGCACUGGCCGCGAUCACGUCGCUGUUGCGGUGCAGGUGCCCUCGCCAUGUGCCAAGAAUGUCACGCUCUGCAGACACACAUAUGUUCCGCGCAACGGCGAGGAUGCCAUGCCGCUGGAUGGCGUCAUGUCGCUGCCAGCACCGCUCUUCAACAACGGCACCGCCAACGUGACGUCGGCUCCACUUGUGCCAGACCUGCGCGAGCUCGCGUUCAUGACCGUUCAUGACCCAUUCGUGCCCUUCUCAAGCACCACGGAGAUGGUCAAGGAGGCGAUGCCCUCCCGGCGACUCAGCGACGUACUGGCUGCAAUCGAAUUCCACAACAUGGACGACAACAUGAUGCGCACCACCACCACCACCGCACUCCCGUCCAACAACAGACAGCGAGCAAAUAACGACGUUUCUUCCCGCGGCAGUGGCCCACGUACCGCCGCUGCUGCUGUUGGUGGUGAUGCGUACGGCAAUGUGCCGAUGCCUGAGCAGCUUCACUACUCAAUCCGCAUGAACCCCGUGAAGAUCCCAGCGACCAAGACGGGAUCGCGCCACGUCACCUCCUCAUAUGGGCAGUUCACCUGGUGGCUCUACUACUACUCGGGCUUUGCCAUGGUCCAGGAUAUGGUGGAUCGCGCUUUCACCAAUUUGCAUGCGGAGCGCGACACGGCCACGGAGCUGCCUGUGUUUGGGCAGCGGUUCCCCGUGCCGGCGUAUGCAGGCGACGAGUUCACACGCGGCCUGGCACCAGUCCUUCCGCUCUUCAUGACCAUCUCCCUCGUGUACAUUGUCAGCAUCACCGUCAAGUCGAUUGUGUACGAGAAGGAGCUGCGACUCAAGGAGAUGAUGCGCAUCAUGGGGAUGUACACGGGGGUGCACUGGCUGGCGUGGACAAUCACGUGUGUGCUCGAGACGCUGCCAUCCGUCUUCAUCAUCACCAUGUUGCUGUGCCAGGGAGACGUCUUGCGCAACAGCAACGAGCUGAUUGUGUUCCUCCUCCUGGAAGCGUUUGUUCUCGCCUCUGUGAUGCUCUCCUUCCUCAUCAGCUGUUUCUUUUCCCGCGCAAAGAUUGCUGCGGCGUGCGGCGGCAUCGUCUACUUCAGUUUCUACGUUCCGUUUGUAGCGGUUGCGCUGAACGCGGGCGACAUGUCGGUGAUGCAGAAGGCCGGUGUGUCGCUGAUGAGCACAACUGCCCUGGGCAUUGCCAGCCAGUACCUUGCGUACUGGGAAGAAGUUGGCGUGGGCCUGCAGUGGUCCAAUCUGUUUGUUGGGAUGAGCCCCUGCGAUGGCUUCAGCGCGGGCGCCGCCAUUGUCAUGCUGCUGCUUGACGGCCUCAUUUAUCUCCUCCUCACUCUCUAUCUGGAGCAAGUCAUCCCGGGCCAGUUUGGCGUGCCCAAGCACCCGCUCUUCUUUCUCAAGCCGCUGGCCACAGGCGUGCGGCGCUGCUGUCGCUAUUGCUGCUGUUGUCUGCAAGGGAGGGGCCACCACCCGCUCAGCGUGUCUGCAGGUGAUGUGGUUGACAUUGAGCUCGCAUCUGCUCGCUCCCGCAGUCACAGCUUCGCAGCGCCAACUCCAACAGCAUCAGUAGCAACAGCAACAGCAACUUCUUCAACAGCAGCAACAAUACCACCAAGCUCAGGGAGUGCCGUGCCAUCGGCGCAUCCAUACACGCCCUCCGCACGAGCAACACCUUCCUCUGCCUUCCUGUCCAGCGUGGCCGCGGUUGGCGCCAGCAGCGGCAGUGACAGCGGAGUGGUACUUGCAACGCCUCACUUGCACACAACAACAGCAGCAGCAAGUGCUGAUGGUGCUGACGAGCGCGGUGUUGUCAUCAACCACAUGUCAAAGGAUUACAACGACGAUGCGUGGUGGCUGCUGUGUGGCAUUGAUCGUCUCCUCGGGUUGCAGCGCAAGCCACCAGCCGUCGCCGACCUUUCCCUGCGCAUGCCUUUUGGGCAGGUCACGAGUCUCCUAGGUAGUAACGGCGCCGGCAAGUCCACCACGCUCUCCAUUCUGUGCGGUCUCUUCCCACAGACGUCCGGCUUGGUUCGCGUGCACGGCUACGACACGCGCGUGGACAUGGACGCCGCACGCAAGCACCUGGGCGUGUGUCUGCAGUACAACGCCCUGUUUGACAGCCUGACGGUACGGGAACACGUCCUCUUCUGCGCACGAAUUCGCCGUGGCCGUCGCGGUGGUCUGGACUCUGCACUCGACGAGACCAUGCACCUCAUAAAGGCGCUGGGUCUCAUGCCGUACUUCGACACCGAAUGCCACCAUCUCAGUGGCGGGAACAAGCGCAAGCUCAGCGUUGCUCUUGCGUUUGUGUGUUCACCUGACGUCGUCAUCCUUGACGAACCAACAGCGGGCAUGGACCCAUCUGCCCGGCGAGCAACGUGGAAUCUCAUUCUCCAGAAACGAAAGACUUGUUGUAUUAUUCUGACGACCCAUCACUUGGAUGAGGCGGAUCUGCUGUCGGAUUCCGUUGCCAUUAUGAAGGAUGGCGAACUGCGUGCACACGGGAGCCCCUUUGACCUAAAGCAGCAGCACGGCCUCGGGUACACGCUCACGCUCAGUUUGACCCCCGCAGCAGCCGGCUCGCCAGCCACGCUCGAUACACUGACACGUAUGGUGUCAUCGGCUGUUCCUGGCGCUGCGCCAGGCUACAGCUCGCAAACAGAGGCCACGUUUGUGCUUCCGCCAGAACAGGUGUCUUUGUUUCCUCCACUGUUUGCACAGCUGGAGCAAGGCGGCAAGCAAUUGGGCGUGGAAGCGUUCGGCGUCUCUGCCAGCAAGUUGGAGGACGUGUUUCUUGAGGUGACGGGUCGCACAUUCAGCCGUCACCCUUCUGCCUCCUCUUCGUCCACUGCUCCUCCUGCUGGUGCUCCGAGUGUUCUUCGUCAUCAUCGUGGUGAUGGUGAUGGUGAUGGUGAUGGGGAUUCGGUUUUCUUGGCUUCAGCACCACAGCACGAUCAUCAACAUCAGCUGCAAUCCGCGAGCAGCAGACACCGCAGUCGCAUUAGCAGCACCACCAGCGGCAAAACAGCUGGCGCUCGUCGAGGCAUUGAUGGUCGGGACGCCACGCUCGCAUACAGCACCAUGCUACACACCCCGACUCCAAGCAUUGGUGGCGCCAGCGUGGGUGCUGCUGAAAUGCUUGCGGAGGACGACGAGGAGAUUGAGAGCGUGGCCGAGCAACUGCAGAUGCUUGAAUCCCUCGACGGCUCAACCACGGUCAGCACCAGCAGUCUUCGCCGCCUCCGCCGCUACCAGCGUCAUCAUGAUCGUCAUGAUCGUCAUCAUGAUUACCGCUACGGCGCUGCCAGUGAUGGCGAUGCUGUUGCUGCUGACGAUGGUGGUGGUGACGACGACGGGGCUGACGUGGAGAGUGCGCAAUCACCGCUGCUCAUGUCUGUGGACGGCAUCGCAGGCAACACGAGUGAUGCCGACACAGGUGCUGCUGGCGUUCGCACAAGAAGCACGCACGCAUCCACACACGCACAUGCACGUGUACACGGCGACAGCGCUGCCAGUGGUCACGGCCACUUUCAGACGAGGGGAUUCAAGCGCCGUUUUAGCGCCGGCAUGCGAUCUGGCCUUUCGAGCAUCGAUGGCAUCGUGGCGCCCGUUGGCGCUUGGUGCUUGAGGACGGGGGUGGUGUUGAAGGUGCUUCUGCGCAAGCGCGCGCAGCACACGCUUCGCGACAUCAAAGCGUUCAUCUCCAUGGUCAUCUUGCCGGUUGGCCUCAUCUGCCUGGCCAUGCUCGUCGCAUCACGUGUGGAGGACACAAGCAACUUCCCUGCGCUGGAGCUGAGCCCAAACAUGUUCAGCGGUGAAUGCUUCUCGGGUCAGGGCGUCACCCCUGUCUACAGCUACGCCAACAACACACAAGGCGCUGACUUGAUCGCUGCCAUCGAGACGUGCCCGGCAACCACAACCCCCGGCCUGGACUGCGGAACAGAGCGCACGGAGUUUAACUCGCUCCACGACGACCCAUCCUUUGUUUCGCCAGGAUCAUCGUCGAAGGAGUCUCGGUGUGACGGCGAGUGCCACCCACGCAACCUCACCUCGUUUCUCCUCAUGCACAGCAGCGACGGGCUUGUGUCGCAGCGGCACGGUGCCGCCACCGUCGAUCUGCAGACCAACACUGCACACACGGGCGCAGAGUUUGGCUCGUCUCAACGCGCAUCAUCAUCGUCGGCGUCGUCAUCAUCGUCGUCUGCAACAGCUUCCGGACCCUGGCAUGGGAUGUUUGCGCGUGCGUGGUUUGAGCGCAUCGACCUGCACUCGCUGCCGGCGUACCUGAACCUGGUGAACAACGGUGUCUUGAAGAGCCUGGCGGGGGAUUCAAACCUGCACAUUCACGCCUUCAACCACCCGCUGAACACAUCGGCAGACACGCAGCUGCUCAACUUCAUUCAGUCUGGCACCGACGCCUCCGUUGCUGCGUUUGUCAUCUUCGCCCUCUCCUUCAUCCCCGCGAGCGUGCUGGUGUUCCUGGUGAGCGAGCGUGUGACCCGCAGCAAGUUCAUGCAGCUUGCCGCUGGCUGCCGCCCCUGGCAGUACUGGCUCGCCUGCUUCAUCUGGGACGCGCUUGCCUUUGUCGUGGCGGCCGUGCUGUGCGUGGGCGUGUUUGCGCUCUUCGCCGUUGACGGCUACUCUGGCCGCAAUCUGGGCGCCGUCGCCGUGCUGUUGCUGCUCUACGGCCUUGCCUGCACUACGCUCAUGUACCCGUUCUCCUUCGUGUUCAAGGUCCCAUCCACCGCAUACGUCACCAUGAUUGUCGCCAACCUCUUUGUGGGCGUGACCACGACGCUCGCCACCUUCGUUCUGGACCGUUUCUCCUGGAACCCCAACCUGUGGCGCGCGAACGUCGUGCUGAAGAAGGUGUUCCUCGUGUUUCCAAACUACUGCUUUGGGCGCGGGCUGCUGGACAUUGCCACCAACGAAUACACUGCGCAGUACAACGACCUGCAGGCAAACCUGUACGGGGACGAGCUUCCAUCGUUCACGUCCCCUUUCUCAUGGGACAUUGCUGGUCGCAACAUGUUUGUCAUGGCCGUGCACACCGUUGCCUUCUUCCUCCUCACGCUGUGCAUCCAGUACUGGUCGCAGCAGCGGCUCAAGUCGUGGACCAGCAGUGCCCGUGCACGUGUGCUGCGCUGGUGGCGGUGUGUGCGUCACUUUGCUGGUGCUCGUGCUGGUGGAAGCAGUGGCAGUGGUGGAUACACGGCAGCCCGGCGCUCAAGUGUCACGUCCACUUCCAGCAGCAACAGUCGCAGUGGCAGUGGUUAUGACAGCGACAGCAAUGACAGUGACGAUGCUGCUGCUGCUGGUGAUGAUGGUGGUGGUGGUGGUGGUGGUGGUGGUGGUGAUCCUGGUCGCCGUUUCCGCGGCAUGAUUGCCCCUGGUGAGCAGCACAACCAUGAUACAAACGUCAGCAUCAACACCAACAGCACCAACUUCAACCGCCGCAGCCGCAGCCGUGGUCAACACCGUCGUCGCCACCGCGGUACGAACGGUGGGGCGACCUCGCUUGUGGACGAGCCGGCACUUGAGGCGGAGAUGGAAGCGCUGAGCGAACACCCGGAGGCAUUUGCUGUUCGCGUGGAGCACUUGACCAAGGUGUACUCCACAAAGAGCAGGAAGAAGACAAAGGACACCAGAAGCGCUGCCGACUCGCCACAUCAGAGGAAGAAUGGCAAGCGCCAAGCACGGCGCCAUGCUGCUGUGGACGACGUGUCGUUUGGUGUGCGACGGGGCGAGUGCUUUGGCCUGUUGGGCGUGAACGGCGCUGGAAAAACAACGACCUUCAAGGUGAUCUCGGGCGAGCACGCGGCCACAUUGGGCGAUGUGUUCUUGGAUGACGUGUCGGUGUCACAGCACAGGCGCAUCACGCAGCGGCAAAUGGGCUACUGUCCACAGGAGGACGCCCUGUUGCCGCUGCUGACGCCAACCGAGCACAUGCAGCUGUACGGCGGCCUGCGUGGACUGACACCAGAGGCGGUGGAGAAGGGAGCGCGGCUGCUGUUCCGUGUGCUGGACCUACAGCAGUGGAAGAACACGACUGCACGGCACCUGAGUGGCGGCACAAAACGCAAGCUGUCACUGGCGAUGGCGCUGCUGGGCACGCGCGGCGUGGUGCUACUUGACGAGCCGAGCGCGGGUCUGGACGCACACGCCAAGCGGUUCCUGUGGUCGCGCGUGCUCGCCGUUGUGCGCAGUGGACGCUCGGUCCUGUUGACGUCGCACAGCAUGGAGGAGUGCGAGGCAUUGUGCAAUCGCCUCACCAUCAUGGUCGACGGCAAACUCAAGUGCAUCGGCACCCCGCAGAUGCUCAAGACGAAGUUUGGGGACGGGUACACGCUGGUGCUGAAGGCCACUGGUGAGCUCCCCAUCUCGCAGGAGCACGUGCGUGCGCAGUUUGCCGGCGCGCAGUUGGUGGAGGCGCAUCGUGGGUAUGUGCGAUUCUUCGUGCCCACCGCAUCGGCACAGCCACUCUCCGCUGCGUUUGAGCGUGCGCUCGCCCUGCAGCGCCAACAUGGGCUGGAGUACUUUAGCAUCUCCCAGACAACCCUCGAAGACAUAUUCUGCAAGUUUGCCGGCACGUCGCUCGGCCCUUUCAGCCACCACGCCGCCCAACAACAUCAUGCGGGCCACGACACCGAUAACCCCACUGGCAAUGUGUCUUCGGUGGCUGCUGGCGCCACCACGAGUUUUGACAGGGGUGCAGGGAGAGCAGAAGGUGUCGUGAUGACCAGUCACGCAAACGCCAUGUUCCCUGGCGUGAGCGAUGGCGAUGAUUAUGAUGGUGGCCGUGUUGCUGAUGGAGAGGACGCAGCGAAAGGCGAGCAUGAUGAUGGUGAUGAUGGUGAUGAUGCUCGUGAUGAUGGAAAUGCCAGUGCAAGUCUGAGCUGGGAUGCAGGCGCGCAGUGUGGCGUGAUGACAGAGUCCAUCCAUGAGGAAUGGGACAACGAGGGCUGGCAGGCAGCCUGAUGCGAAUUAAUGUGUGUGUGUGUGCAUGUGUGUUGUGUGUGUGUUCUGUGCGUGUGUGUGUUGUGUGUGUGUGUGCGUGUUGUGUGUGUGUGUGUGUGUUGUGUCUGUGUGUGCGUGUUGUGUCUGUGUGUGUGUGCGUGUGUUGUGUCUGUGUGUUAUGCUCUGCUCACGGUUUGCUUUGCACCAUCAGGGAAUGUUACAGUUCUUGACGAGUUACUUGUUAAUAUGCAGCUGCUGCCUUUAUCUGCGUUAAAUAAAGCAACAGCCAUCAACUUCCCACUGGUGCGUUGUGUGAUUCACCCG